GCUUGCUUGAAAGGACUUGCUUGAAAGGAGUGGUUGAGGCUACCCUCUGAUGAUGAAAUCUACGUGACGCAGACUACUGCGCACUCGCGGAAGCGCAAAGUUGGCAUCAGGAGCCUACAGAAAGUAAUCCACAACUUUUGUAAACCCCUUCACUGAAUCAGCAAGCAUUAUGGAUCAAAACAAUGAUACUGGUGAUAGAUUUCAAGACAAAGGUCAAAAUAAAACGCCCGAAGGCUCUGGAAACCUUCAAACACCAUCUCGAGAUGCUACACCGUGUGCAGGGGGAGUUACCAUGAUUCCACCAAACGAGGCAAGACGCCAAAAACUGCUGAGGAUGGCACAGAAAGAAAAAGACGACUUGAGGAGAAUUAAAGAGGAGAACAAACAUGGUCCAGUACAAAUUCACCCAGAAAGGCUUGGUGGUUGCACAACAGUGGCCGAUGUCAGACGGAAGCAGCAGAUGGAGUUACGUCAAGCAGGACCCCAGAAGAAGCUUAGGAGGGAGGAGUUGGAAAAGAAAAAGAGACAAGCUGAAGAAGAAGAGAUUCUAAUAAAGAAGGCCAUACAACGUGAGAAGGCUGAUAAACUUGAGAAGAAGAGACAGCAAGAGGAUCAAAAGAGAGCAGAGAUGUACCGUCAUGAUCACCUGAUGAAGCAAGAGCAGUUUCUUCAAAGGGUUGAGCAGACCAGGUUACCAUCUGUGGAAGCAGGAAGAUCCGUGCCAGCAUCAUCUGGGAAUGUCAUGUCAGUGGGAACUGUAAAAGGAGAUGAAGAAAGGGAGCAGGAACUGAGGAUGAAGCACAGACGUGCAAACCUGGCUUUCCUGGACAGACUGCAGGCUGGCACCACUAACACAGAGCAGGCUUUUGGAACACAGUAUGGAGGUUGUCAGUUGAAGCAAGAGCCACAAGAGGAUGCUGUGUUAUCUCUAGAACACAUCCGCACCAACACUAAAGAGGAGUUUGAUGCUGACUUGGAUUGGGUGGUGAUGAGGCUUUUAAGUCAUUUCCCUCACUAUGAGAAAGCCUUUGUGGAGGAUAUUGUCAGUCAGUGCAAUGGUGACUUCCAGCAAGCCUAUAAUCUUUUGAGUUAAUGAGAGAAUUUCAGCAUGACGUGAAAGAUCUGUUCUCUUCAGAAAUCUUGCUUUUAAAGUUCCAGGACUCCAUUGAAAAGAUAUUUAGAUCUCAGUGGCACUCAAUAAGGGACUAAUUAACUAACUACAACCCCAAAACAGAAAAAGUUGGGACGUUGUGUAAAAU